UGGGCAAUAUGGCGGGCGGGCGCGGCGCGUUAAUCGUGUUGGAAGGGAUGGACCGUGCCGGGAAGAGCACGCAGAGCCGGCGGCUGGUUCAGGCGCUGCAGGCCGCCGGGCACCGCGCUGAUCUCCUCCGCUUCCCGGAGAGGACGACGGAGAUCGGGCAGCUGAUCGGCGCCUACCUGGCGAGGGAGAGGGAGCUGGAGGACCACGCCGUGCACCUGCUGUUCUCCGCCAACCGCUGGGAGCACGUAACAUCAAUGAAAGAGAAGCUCCAUCAAGGGAUCACGCUUGUGGUUGACAGAUAUGCCUUUUCUGGAGUGGCCUUCACAAGUGCCAAGGAGAACUUCUGCCUGGAGUGGUGCAAACAGCCUGAUGCUGGCCUCCCAAAGCCAGAUUUGAUUCUAUUUCUUCAGCUGAGCCCAGAGGAAGCAGCAGCACGAGGGAACUUUGGAAGAGAACGUUAUGAGAAUGGCCCCUUCCAAAAAAAAGUUCUACAGUCUUUCCAUCAUUUGAUGAAUGAGAAGACAUUAAACUGGAAGACAAUGGAUGCUUCAAAGAGCAUAGAAGACUUGCACAGAGAAAUCAAGACCGUUGCAGAGAAAACCAUGCAGGAGGUUAAAGAUAAACCCUUGGGAGAACUCUGGAAAUAAAGCAGUACAGAAGGAUAUAUGGGAGGCCCUCAGUCCAGGGAGAUGUUUGCUAGGAUGCUGGAAUGAAGGGACAGAUGAACUCAUUUUCAAGUCUGCUUCCAAGCUGUACAUCAGGAAUACAGAGGCUGAACUGCCUUUAAGGGGUAAGUGUCUGAAAUAGACAUGAACUUAGAGCAUUUUGAAGGCUGAGUGGUACACAAAUUCUUCUAGACUGGUUGAGUUUACUCACAGGGCCAAGAUCAGAAGAGAGUCAGCAGUGAGUUCUAUAAAGACUGAAGUGCAAUUUAAACAGCCCUGUACACACUGCCAAACCAGAUCAGCUGCAUGUUCUGAGUGUGCCCAAUUCCCUCCAGUACCAUUCUAAUUGUUACCUUAUGGUGAUGCUCAUAGAACAGUCUGAGUUGUUAUAAUAAGGCUCCAAUUCAUGAAACAGCAAUGGCUUUUGGUAUUUAGUUAUGGUGUAUUAGGUUAAGAAUUCUCCCACAUCUCCAGCAAUAGAAAAUAAGUUGUACUUCUUAACUGAACAUUGGCAGCAGCUUGCACCAACCAAGAGAGAAAUGUAUUCCAAGUGAGUAGCCUUCAACAAAAAGGACCUGCUAUGGGGAGUACAAGCUGCCUGCUUCCAACUGUUGUCUCCUGCUACUGCAUGGCAAAAAGGAAAAAAAUGGUUAUUGAGUUUAGACCUCUUUUUGUAAUGUUUACCACUGCAGGCAUAGUGUUUGAAAGGCUUCCUAGAAACAGACAUUAUGGAAAACUAGCAGUUGAAUAGCUAAACAGUGAGCAUACAAUUGUAAAGGAAACAAAUUUUAUUUUCCAUCUACCAAUGUGAAAUAUUAACUUCUCAAUCUCUGCUUGGCUCUUUCUCCUGCUUACCUCAAAUGAACAUGUGGCAGAGACUCACCAGAAAAGCAUGUCCUGUCUUGGAAAGGCUUAUGCUUUUUAGAAGCAGUGAGAUGCUGCACUGCUAAGCAGGGACAGCCUUUUGGUACUGUUAUAUUAUUUUUCUCCCCAGUGUUCAUACAACUUAAAAUGUGGGUAGCAGAACUAAACCACAGAAGUGUUUCUUUGUCUCUGCUGGCAUGUUGUGAUGUUCACUCUCUGGACAACAACAUCAAUCAUCAAGGCAGUACCACAAAGCCAGCCUCUGUUCUAGCAGAUAAGAAAGAUUAUAGACACUGUUGUACAUAAUUCAGCUUUUGCCCUAAAAGCAUAACAAUGGUAU